UGGACGCGGCGACUUAUUUAAGCUCGUCCUGAUGAGAACCGGACACUUUUCUGUUGUUAUUCUGAAGGAAAAUAGAAGAAAAUGGUGUCACGUGUAGAAAGCGAAUGGUAAUGUCCGUGUCGACUCUAUUUUUUUUAGAGUUUGAAUAGAGAAAUCACCAAAAAAUGGUGCUAUCAUUGUGGUUUGCCUCUGCUUUUGUUGUACACAGUCGUGGCAUUUGACUGACUGAAAGAUGGCAAGAAGUCCCAGCCCUACACAAGAGGGCCUUACGGACUCUAAGGCACGUUUCCAAAGCUACCUCCAUGGUGGGACCUCAAGCUUGCUCUCCACCCUUAUUGUCUUCCCUGUCUACAAGACUGUUUUUCGCCAACAAAUCCACAACAUUCAGGUUCACCGAGCUGUAGAGCAGCUCCACAAGGAAGGCCUUCUGAAGCUAUACAGGGGGGUGACCCCGCCAUUACUGAUGAGGACACUUAGUGGGACGCUUCUCUUUGGUUUGCAGGAUACCUUCCUUCGUCUGCUCUCCCUGCCAUCCUUCAGUGUCAUCCCCCACUCUUUUCUUCCGGCUGUGGCGGGCCUCGGGGUAGGAAUAGUAGAGUCGGUGGUCUUCACCCCAUUUGAGCGUGUUCAGAAUGUGUUGCAGAGUGGGCACAAUGACCGCCAUCUUCCGACUCUAAAGAGUGUUCUUGUCAAGCUGAAGGACCAGAGGAUAUCCUCAGGCUACUACCGCGCCUUCUUGCCCAUUGCAGCCCGCAACGCUCUCGGUAGCUCUCUUUACUUUGGCUUAAAGGGACCCCUGAGUGCUGCUGUGGCCGCGCAAGGGCUGUCGCCAUUGGCCUCCUCCUUCAUUUCAGGGACACUGGCCUCCAUGGCAAUCAGCCUGACCCUGUACCCGCUGUCUGUGCUGGUGGCCAACAUGCAAGUGGGGGUGCAAGCAGACGUAAAAGGGGUCACAGCCUGCUGGAGAAUGCUGUGGAACUCCCGACAGAGGAGUGUCAUUUUACUGUACCGUGGGGGUGCCCUGGUUAUUCUGAGAUCAUGUAUCACCUGGGGAAUCACCACAGCCAUCUAUGACAGGCAACAAAAACGCUCAAGCUGAUACAACAGACUGCUGUUUAGUAGGUGUUACCAUAAAUUACAUGAUAGAAAUGCACGAUUGUGCCUCAAUGUAAGCACAGUCAUGGAGUGAAUAGAGUGUGGAUGUGUUGGUAAGUUACAGAUGGAUCAACCUUUUGACAAUUCUUCAAAAGUGAAGGGUGGACAAAGCCUCCAAAGUCGAACAGCUGCAAAAAUGUGGGCCCACCAAAAAUUCUGGAAAAAAAAUAGGUCAAACGACUAUCAACGUGAAUCACAUCAACACACCUCCUCAGACUACAACUCAUUCUCAGUGUGUUUUGCUUUUUAUGAAAACCAGAGAGCCACAAAUGGAACUUGCUGUAACACAGGAAAAGGCCUGGCUACUUGGACAAUAUGGACAACACAACUCAAUUACCUAAGGGAAAAAAAGCCACUAAGAGGCAGUAAAGCUCUGCAAACGUUCCCGUACCUUUUCAUACUACCUACCGGGAGCCUCCAAUGGAUGAAGACUUAAACUUUAUUUUUAAAUGUUACUUCCGAUGGGGGAAGAAAUAGCUUAUGUUUGACUUUUGGAGGUCUCACUGUACCUAAUAUUUAACUAACAUGCACAAUGUGAACAUGUUCCAAAAUACAACUAUGAUCUGUGUUGUCCAAACUCUCAGCAGCAGCAGAACAAACAGUAAUAAAUAAAAUCUUGCAGGGUAAAAUGAUCUAUCCAAUGACUCAUUUUGUCAUUAUAUAUAUAUAUAUAUACAGUAUAUAUAUAGCAGUGAGUCGUUCAUUUUAACAAGGAAGCGGCCAUAAAAACUAUUCAUUUUUUGUGUUUACUGAUUUCUAAAGGUGCAGAUUUCACUAGACAUAAGGCACUGGUAAAAUCGCAUCUCUACGGUGGUAUUCAAGUAUCAGAACAGCUGUAACAGAACAGCUGGGUGUUAUGGCGAGUAUACAUUUAGUACAUGCACAUGGAUGCAUGUCCACAGUGUAUCGUUAGAAUAAUAUUAAUAUAAUAUGUAAUAAUAUCAAUGUGCUGUAUGAUGCAGAUGUUAAAGUGGAUUAAAAGAGUGGUUCGGUGGCUUGGGGGUUGGAACUGAAUUCUUCUUGUGUAACAUCUACUAUAUGUCCCUGCCCUGUAACACGCUGUACAUUUUUUCUUGAUUUAUUCUGCCUCAAUAGCCCAUAAUCAAUCAUUUACAAGCCACAUACCUAGAUACACCCGCACAAUGUAUUCGGUCGUACAAACUAUAUAAAAAUCCCCCUUUUAUAAGAAUAAUAUACUAUUUUGAUUGACAAUGUUAGGUAUUCUUUUCACAAUGUGUUUAUUGCUGUGAUUGUAG